AUUUUUUACGAGAUGUUUGACAAGCUAUUAGCUUCUUAGUGCUAUUUUAAACGUUCUAUAAUAUCCACAAGAUCCGGAAACCUACUUAAAAGUGUCUUGUUGGAGUGUGCUUGGAAUAAUAUAUCGUCGUGUUUGUCGAGUGCCAACUGUUGUUGUGAUCGGGGUGGUUGUAAUUUGUUUCUUAGGUUGUCAUGUGGCAGUGAAGCCUGACGGAGGCUGUUAAAAUGUUCAGAAGUAAGAUAAGGAUACACACAUGCCGCAUAAUCUUACUCACGUCACUGGUGUGGCUGUUGGUGGAUGUCGCGCUCUUGGCGAUGUACUCCGACUGCUUCGGCGACGGGUGCAACAAAAAAUCCAGCGAAAUCAUCGUCAAGACACAUGAAGAGUACAGAGGUAAAAAAGCGGCAAUAGCAGCUGCACUGCAGCGUGAAAUAGAUGACGACGACACGAAUUUAGAGGAAAACGAACUCGAGCAAGAUGUCGGGGAAGACGGGCUGUUGUUGCCACCUUAUCCCAAGUCCCGGCUCAAUAGGUGGCAGCCUGUGCCGCCAAUUCAACCGCAAGGAUCGUCCCCUGGAGAGAUGGGCAAAGCUGUAAACAUUCCAAUAGAGCAAGAAAAACUUAUGUUAGAUAAGUUCCAAGAAAACCAGUUCAAUUUGUUGGCGAGUGACAUGAUCUCGCUCAACCGAUCCCUGACUGAUGUAAGAUUUGAAAAGUGUAAAGACAAACAUUAUCCAGAGUUGCUGCCGAGUACGAGUGUUGUGAUCGUGUUCCACAACGAAGCGUGGACGACGCUGAUCCGAACCAUUUGGAGCACAAUUAACCGGUCGCCCCGACCCUUGCUGAAGGAAAUCAUCCUUGUGGACGACGCUAGUGAAAAAGAACACCUGGGCAAGAAGUUGGAGGACUACAUAAAGACACUGCCGGUGCCGACCCGGUUAUUCCGUACGGAGAACCGGUCCGGGCUUAUCCGGGCGCGACUACUGGGCGCUAAACACGUCAAAGGAGAUGUCAUCACGUUCCUCGAUGCGCAUUGUGAAUGUACAGAGGGCUGGCUCGAACCGCUCCUUGCCCGUAUCGUGGAGGACAGAAGCACGGUCGUGUGUCCGAUCAUCGACGUCAUAUCGGAUACCACCUUCGAGUACAUUCAGGCUUCGGACAUGACAUGGGGCGGGUUCAACUGGAAAUUGAACUUUAGAUGGUACCGUGUGCCAGAAAGAGAGAUGGGCCGUCGCGGUGGAGAUCGCACGGCGCCGCUACGGACACCCACAAUGGCCGGCGGACUGUUCGCCAUAGAUCGGGACUACUUCUACAAGAUCGGAUCUUACGACGAGGGCAUGGAUAUUUGGGGCGGCGAGAACCUCGAGAUGAGCUUCCGGGUGUGGCAGUGCGGCGGGCGGCUGGAGAUCGUCCCGUGCUCGCACGUGGGCCACGUGUUCCGGGACAAGUCCCCGUAUUCCUUCCCCGGCGGCGUACAAAACGUCGUGUUGCAUAAUGCCGCCCGCGUCGCCGAAGUCUGGAUGGACGAGUGGGGGCAGUUCUAUUAUGCCAUGAAUCCAGGCGCCCUAAACGUGCCGGUUGGCGAUGUGAGCGAGCGGCGAGCAUUACGCGAGCGACUCAAGUGCAAGAGCUUCCGAUGGUACCUGGAGAACAUCUACCCGGAGAGCCAGAUGCCAUUGGAUUACUAUUAUUUGGGAGAGAUACGUAAUGCGGAUACAUCCAACUGUUUGGACACCCUCGGCGGCAAAGCAGGCCAGCCCUUGGGUAUGGGAUACUGCCACGGAAUGGGAGGCAACCAGGUGUUUGCGUACACGAAACGCAAGCAGAUCAUGUCGGACGACAACUGUUUGGACGCGGCGCACCCGCGCGGGCCCAUCAAGCUCAUCCGCUGCCACGGCAUGCGCGGCAACCAGGAGUGGACCUACGACUCCAAGACUCGUGUGAUAAAACACACGAACACCGGCAUGUGCCUGGACAAGCCGGAGGCCGCUGAUGUGUGGAAGCCGGUGCUGCGGCCCUGCGACCGCUCGCGCGGCCAGCAGUGGCUCAUGCAGGUCGACUUCAAGUGGCAGGCGCGCCACGCCAGCUAGUGGCGGCCGCACCGCAAGGAUUGACAACGAUAGACCAUGCCAGUCUUCCUCCCCUCACGUUAGAUAUCAGAUUUAUUCCUAUCCUAUGUAUAUCUUAAAUUUUUUAUAUCUAUUAGACUAAAUGUAUGACACAUGUGGUCCUGUGAAUUGUUGACAAUACAUAAAAUAUUAUGCUCUAAGUUGUAUUCCCUAUAAACGUUGCUCAAACUUAGUAUUGCGUUGAGUAGAGUGAGUUUAUUGCUAUUGUAUUUUAGGCGCGUGAAAGUAGGCGAGAUUUUUAUAAUUUGUUGAUAGAUUCAGUCAGCGGCAUAUCAGUUUUGAUAUAGAGAUUGUUUUGU